GAUUCUAUAUUUUAUUGUAGAUAUCGAAGUUCGCUGUUCAAGUUUGUGAUUGUUUUAGUCGCUGUGACGCACUGCCAGUGUGCAGUCCACUGCGUCCUCGCUGUUUAAAUCGAGCAAAUUAACUUUGAGAAUAAUUCCAUUUUGUGUGUUCUUUUUUUUUUUAAAUCAAACAUGGCGAAGGUAUUGUUGAGCAAGGAGUUGCCAGAUAUAGAGAAUCUGCUUAGAUUGAAUCCAACUGUGAAACCUUACUCGAAUUUGGUGCCAUCAGCUCAGACCAAGAAGAACAAACAACACUGGAAAAGAAACACUGAUAGAAAAUGCAAUACAUGUCCAACUUUGACGAAGAACUUCGACGAUAUAAAGCAUACAACACUGUCAGAACGAGGUGCGUUAAAGGAGGCUGCAAGAUGUCUCAAAUGCGCGGACGCUCCGUGCCAAAAAUCUUGCCCUACUCAGAUAGAUGUCAAGAGCUUCAUCACCAGUAUUGCUAAUAAGAACUACUAUGGCGCGGCUAAAGCCAUCCUUUCUGACAAUCCUCUGGGCCUCACGUGUGGCAUGGUCUGCCCCACCAGCGACCUUUGCGUCGGCGGCUGCAAUCUCCAUGCUACUGAAGAAGGUGCCAUCAAUAUCGGCGGCUUGCAACAUUUUGCUGUUGAUGUAUUCAUGAAGAUGGGUAUACCUCAAACCUUAGACCCUAAUACCAAACCUCUUCCUAAAGGAGGUGAUCAGAAAAUUGCCCUGAUCGGCGGCGGACCAGCGAGUAUAAGUUGUGCCUGUUUCCUUGCCAGGCUUGGUUAUAAGAAUAUUACUGUUUACGAAAAGGAGAAAUACUUCGGAGGAUUAAGCUCAUCAGAAAUCCCACAAUAUCGUCUGCCGUACGAUGUAGUGCAAUUCGAAAUAGACCUUGUCAGGAAUUUGGGAGUAAAGUUUGUGAAUGGACGAAAACUUUCUUCUCAGGAUUUAACUGUUAAUGGAUUACUUAAUGAUGGACACGCGGCCGUGUUCCUCGGCAUCGGUUUGCCCGAGCCAAAGAGCGUACCUAUCUUCGAAGGAUUGAAUCAGGAAAUGGGUUUCUAUACCAGCAAAGAUUUCUUACCUCUUGUCUCCAAGGGUAGUAAGAAAGGUCUGUGUGCGUGCAAAACAUCCCUCCCCGAACUGCACGGCAACGUCAUCGUGUUGGGAGCGGGUGAUACAGCAUUCGACUGCGCCACGUCGGCGCUGCGGUGCGGCGCGAGGCGAGUUUUUGUCGUCUUCAGAAAGGGCUUUACUAACAUCAGAGCCGUGCCUGAGGAGGUUGACUUGGCCAAAGAAGAAAAAUGCGAAUUCGUACCGUUCAUGUCACCGCAAGAAGUUAUUGUCAAAGGCGGAAAGAUUACAGCAUUGAAGAUGUGUCGCACAGAACAAUUGGACGAUGGCGAAUGGAUCGAAGAUCACGACCAAGUAAUGCAACUAAAAGCUAAUUUCAUCAUAUCUGCAUUUGGUUCUGGACUUUAUGAAAGCGAUGUGAAAGAAGCGAUGUCUGGCGUAAAACUUAACAGAUGGGGGCUACCAGAUGUGAACGAAGUGACGAUGCAGAGCGUCAGUAACCCAGCAGUGUUUAUCGGAGGAGAUUUGGCUGGCGUGGCAGAGACUACGGUUGAAUCAGUAAACGACGGCAAAACAGCCGCUUGGUACAUGCACUGUUAUCUACAGGGCAUACCCUACGACGCGCCUAUAGAGCUACCAAAAUUCCAUUGUCCCAUAGACGACGUGGAUCUCUCGGUAGAAGUGUGCGGAAUCAAGUUUGAGAACCCAUUUGGCUUGGCCAGUGCGCCUCCUACAACGAGUACUGCGAUGAUCAGACGAGCGUUUGAGCAGGGCUGGGGAUUCGCUGUUACCAAGACUUUUGGGUUGGAUAAGGACUUAGUAACCAACGUAUCGCCACGUAUCGUGCGCGGAGUGACAUCGGGCGAGAACUAUGGCCCCGGACAAGGAUCCUUCCUCAACAUCGAACUCAUCUCCGAGAAAUGUGCGGCUUAUUGGUGUCAGAGCAUCGCGGAACUUAAAAAGGAUUUUCCUAAUAAAGUGGUGAUAGCGUCGAUAAUGUGCUCGUACAACGAGGAGGACUGGACGCAGCUGGCGCGGAUGGCGGAGGCGACCGGCGCCGACGCGCUCGAGCUCAACCUCUCGUGCCCGCACGGCAUGGGGGAGUCCGGGAUGGGACUCGCUUGCGGACAGAAUCCAGUCCUUGUCAAAGGAAUAUCACAGUGGGUGCGCAAGGCGAUCAAGAUUCCCUUCUUUAUAAAACUGACUCCUAAUAUCACGGAUAUCGUCAGCAUCGCUGUAGCAGCAUACGAAGGUGGUGCUAGUGGAGUAUCAGCAAUCAAUACAGUGUCAGGUCUGAUGACUGUAAAAGCCGAUGCCACCCCCUGGCCUGCUGUGGGUCGUGAAAAGCACACAACAUACGGCGGAGUUUCUGGUAACGCCACGCGUCCGAUAGGCUUGCGUGCAGUCUCGGCAAUCGGCAACAAGUUGCCCGGCUUCCCGAUACUAGGCAUCGGUGGCAUUGAUUCGGCCGAUUCCGCACUACAGUUCAUAAUGUGUGGGGCGCCUGUUGUGCAGAUAUGCAGUGCAGUCCAGAAUCAAGAUUUCACAGUGGUUGACGACUACAUAACUGGCCUAAAAGCGUUGUUGUAUCUACGUACCAAAGGCCUGGACAAUUGGAUGGGUCAAUCUCCUCCCUCAUUCAAGCACCAAAAAGGAAAACCGGUGCAAACGUUGUAUGAUACAGAUGGAAAGGUACUAGCCCAUUUUGGUCCUUACAACCAGAAACGUGAAGAACUACUUCACGAGAAGAGGCUAAAAUCAGAUUUACUAGAAGAUAAUACGGUUCAAACUUAUUUGACCAACGGAACUACCAAUGGUUACUCAGAGGUUCCUCGAAUCCAAGACGUUUUAGGAGAGGCUUUGUCUAGAGUUGGCACAUACAAGCACUUGGACAAUACCAAGCAAGUUGUAGCUCUUAUUGACGAUGACAUGUGUAUUAACUGUGGCAAAUGUUACAUGGCCUGUGCGGAUUCUGGAUACCAAGCCAUUGAGUUUCAUGAGAAAACACAUCUUCCACGCGUCACGGAUGACUGCACCGGUUGCACUUUGUGCUUGUCUGUUUGUCCCAUUAUCGACUGUAUUUCGAUGGUGCCUAAGAUAAUUCCUCAUGUCAUCAAAAGGGGUCUACAUUACCAAGUUCACCCCGUAUCACCUCUAGAUAAAGUAUGCCAAUAAACAUAACACAAUUUGUAAAAAAAUAUAUUAUGUAUAAUGUACAAAAAUAUACUAUAUUUAUGUCAUAA